GCCUCCACGGGAAAACAGAGGAAACACGAGUGGAGUUCUGCGCAUCGCUGGAAUUACAGCGUGUUUCGCGGCCUUUACUCCCGCGGCUCCCGUCGCCUUCACAACGACGAUGUAACAGUUUUGGCUGCGCUUGGCUGCCGGACUUCAGGGGACGCAGAUCCAGCGGUGAAUGAGUCGUUUUGGCUGCACAGAGCGUUUAGCGGCUCCAGAGACGCGCGGAGGUCGCCUGCGUUUGUUCUCCCGCUGAACAUGAACAUCAUCGGGAGUUACCAGCAUCACCACCACCUGAUGCACGAGAGCUUCCCGUUCGUGCAGCGGUGUCACCAGGACGCGCCGUACUUCCAGAGCUGGGUAGUGAACCACGGAGAGGUGCCCGCGGACUUCCAGAUCCAGGCGCCCUACCCGGCCGCGGAGCUCGGCGCGCCCGGAGCGGCGCACGACGCGCGGCUGGAGGGACUCCACGGGGGAAUGGGGAAGAGGAGAGCGUCCGGGCCGAAGAAGGAGCGCCGGAGGACGGAGAGCAUCAACACCGCUUUCGCCGAGCUCAGGGAGUGCAUCCCCAACGUCCCGGCGGACACGAAACUGUCCAAAAUUAAAACGUUACGCCUGGCGACCAGUUACAUCGCGUAUCUGAUGGACGUGCUGGCCAAAGACUCCGGGGAGGCGGAGGGCUUCAAGGCCGAAAUUAAAAAAUAUGAAAACCGGGACUUGAAGAGGAAACGGGAGCUGACUGAGGGCCUGCACGAGUCUUUAGGAGCCGAGAAGAAAGUGAAGGGACGGACCGGGUGGCCGCAGCAGGUCUGGGCUCUGGAGCUCAACCAAUAACCUUCAUCCAAAACAAACAAACAAACUGUCCCGCGCGUAAAAAA